GCGGCCCGGCGCAGACAUGGCGGCCCCGGAGCGGCUCACGGGCUUCACGGGGCGGCUGGCGGUACUGCUGCUCUGCCUGUGCUCCGUGCGCUCGGUGUCCGGGCUCCUGGAGGGUCUGUACUGCGGGACCGAGGUCUGCUAUGACGUGCUCGGGGUGUCGCGGGACGCCUCCAAAGCGGAGAUCGCGCGCGCGUACCGGCAGCUGGCGCGCCGCUUCCACCCGGAUUCCACCCGAUUCAGAGCCGAACCCGGGGCCGAGAGCGCGGAGGAGGCGCACCAGCGCUUCCUCCAGAUCGCCACCGCCUACGAGACGCUCAAGGAUGAGGACUCACGGCGGGAGUAUGACGACAUGUUGGACCACCCGGAGCAGUACUACCAGCACUACUACGCCUACUACAGACGCAGGUUGGCCCCCAGAGUGGACGUGAGGCUGGUCAUCCUGGUCACCAUCUGUGCCAUCUCUGCGUUCCAGUACUACAGCUGGAACAGCAGCUACAAUGAGGCCAUAAACUACCUGGUGACUGUGCCCAAGUACCGGCUGCAGGCGGCAGAGAUGGCCCGACAGCAGGGCCUCCUGAGCCGGGCCAAAGAGCGCGGCAAGAACCGCAGGAGCAAAGAGGAGAUCCGCGAGCACGAGGAGGAGGUCAUCCGCCUCAUCAUCAAGACCAAGAUCGACAUCAAGGGCAGCUACCAGAAGCCGCGGGUCUGGGACAUCCUGCUCUGCCAGCUUCUGCUGGCACCCAUCAGCCUGGCACGCUACGUGGCCUGGUACGUGUCCUGGGUGUACCGCUUCAGACUGCGCGGGCAGGAGUACGGCCAGGAGGAGAAACUCUACCUCAUCAGGAAGAACAUGAAGAUGUCUCAGUCUCAGUUUGACACUCUGGAGGACAGCACUAUUGAGGAUUUCCUGCAGAGGGAGCUGUGGAUCCGUGAGAACUACGAGGUGUACCGGCGCGAGCAGGACGAGGAGCUGAAGGUGCGCAUGGCCACAGACCCCCGCAUGAAGAGGUACCGCCGCUGGAUGAGGAACGAGGGCCCUGGACGCCUCACCUUCUCUGACGACUGACGCUAUGAGGGGCCAGCUCAGGGCCAGCUCAGGGGCCAGCUCAGGGGCCAGCUCAGGGGCCAGCUCAGGCCGAUGGAGGCUGACGGAGGCGGACGGAGCUGCUGGAGCUGCUGGAUCUGCUGGAGCUGCUGUAACGCUCUAUGAGACAUGGCAAAUCAGACUUGGAGUCUGGAGCCUUAGUGUCCUGAAGGCUUUGCAACAUUGGGCAGUAACAUGAAAGUGAGAAACUCCAGGGCUGUGGAGACAUAAGGCUCGAAGACCACAGGCCACUGGGCAGAAACAGCCCCAUCUAGUGGUCACAGCACAGACUGCAGUUCCUUCUACAGGACUAUCACCUGAAGUGUACUCUGUACGGUAGCCCUGCAGGGAUAUCCCCAGAGGAUAGUCAACAUUUUCUAAAUAUAACUUGUUUAAAAUGUUUAAAUUGUAGAAAAUAAAUGUAAAAGGUCAGUUGAAA